AUGAUGAUGCGACAAUCCGUCCGAAGCAGCGGUCGCCGUCUUGCGCAAUUGCGCUUACCACUCACAUCGCAGCGCGCAUUCGCAGUCGCAGUCGACAUCAGCUCUCCACUCGUCGCAAAUGAGCCUCAAGGGCCGACCAUCAAGACUGCCAUUCCUGGUCCAGCAGCAUUGAAGGCCAAGGAGGAGAUGGGCCGCCUUCAAGACACACGGGCAGUCAAUAUGAUGGUAGACUAUGAGUCCUCUAUCGGCAAUUACAUGUGCGAUGCAGACAAUAACUACCUCCUGGAUGUCUAUGCUCAGAUUGCAUCCAUCGCGCUUGGCUACAAUAAUCCUGCGUUGCUCAAAGCAGCACAGACACCUGAGUUUGCAAGAGCUUUGAUGAAUAGGCCGGCACUUGGCAAUUUCCCAUCUAAAGACUGGGCCAAGAUCCUGGAAGAUGGUCUGCUGUCUGUCUGUCCGCCCGGUCAGACCAAAGUCUAUACUGCCAUGUGUGGUUCAUGCGCCAACGAGACUGCAUACAAAGCGGCAUUCAUGUAUCACCAGGCACAGAAGCGCGGAGCGGAUGCGUCUUUCACGGAGGAGGAGCUCAACUCUUGCAUGAAGAAUCAAGCACCGGGAUCACCAGACCUGGCCAUCCUGUCGUUCAGCAAAGGUUUCCACGGUCGUCUCUUCGGCUCUCUCUCGACAACUCGAUCAAAGACUAUCCACAAACUUGAUAUUCCAGCUUUUGACUGGCCUGAGGCAGAGUUCCCAGCACUCAAAUAUCCACUUGCAGACAACGUCGAGGCAAACAAAGCCGAAGAGGAGCGUUGCUUGAAGCAGGUAGAGCAGAUCAUCAAGACAUGGAAAGCACCUGUGGCUGCGUGCAUUGUCGAGCCCAUUCAGUCCGAGGGUGGUGACAACCAUGCGUCGGCAGGCUUCUUCCAUGGUCUGCAGCGUAUCUUGAAGGAGAACAAGGUACUCUUCAUUGUCGAUGAAGUCCAGACUGGUGUCGGUGCUACGGGAAAGUUCUGGGCACACGAGCACUGGCAGCUACCUGAGGCCCCAGAUAUCGUGACAUUUUCCAAGAAAAUGCAGGCAGCUGGGUGGUACUUCAAUAAUGAGAAACUCAUUCCCAAUUUGCCUUAUCGGCAGUUCAACACAUGGAUGGGCGAUCCUGUGCGAACGCUGCAGGCAAAGAUCCUUGUUCAAGAAAUCAAGAAGAACAAUCUUGUGGAGCACACGAAGAAGACGGGCGAGUACCUGUAUGGAAAGCUGGAGACCCUUGCCGAGCAAUUUCCGAAACACCUUGCUUCGCUCCGUGGCAAAGACCGUGGCACGUUCAUUGCUUGGGAUCUACCAUCAGGCGACAAGCGCGACGCUUUCAUCACGGCCAUGAAGCAGAAUGGAAUCUUGAUGGGAGGCUGUGGCCCCAGAACUGUUCGGUUGAGGCCUACAUUGACAUUCGGCAAGCAGCAUGCUGAUAUCCUUGUUGCAGCAAUUGGCAAGACGGCGAAGGAGAUGCCCCUGUGA